AUGAAGUCAUCGGGUGGUGGUUGGACUGUAAUUCAAAGACAUAUAAAAAAUGGAAAUACAGACUUUUAUCUGGUUUUGGCGGAGUAUAAACGUGGCUUUGGUAAUCUUGAAUCCGAAUUCUGGCUUGGAUUGGACAAGAUACAUCGACUAACAUCUACGAAGAAAAAUAAACUUCGAAUUGAUCUAGUAAACACGUCAGGCACUAAAAAAUACGCUGAAUAUGAAGAUUUUGUUGUUAAGAAUGAAAAUUCUAAGUAUCAAUUAAGUAUUGGAAAUUACACAGAAUACCUUUUUUACUCAAUUCGUGUCAUAUUUCUCUCUUUAAUAUUAUACUUAACUAGCUUUUGUAUUUUAUGGUAUACGACUCGGUUGAAAAAGACUCGAAAGCUUCGAGGACACGUUAGCCAUGGUCAUGGUGUAGGAAAACAUCGUAAACAUCCUGGUGGUCGUGGUAACGCUGGUGGUUUAACUCAUAAUAGAAUUAACUUUGAUAAGUACCAUCCGGGUUAUUUUGGCAAAGUUGGAAUGCGAUAUUUUCAUUUGACAAGGAAUAAAUAUCAUUGUCCUACUAUCAACCUGGACAAAAUCUGGUCAUUGAUUAGUGAGCAAACAAGGGAAUAUUACAAAGACAAGAAAGAUGGUCCCGCACCUGUUAUUGAUGUUGUCAGAGCUGGCUAUUUCAAAGUACUUGGAAAAGGUCUACUGCCCAAUCAACCAGUAAUUGUUAAAGCGAAAUUUUUCAGCCGCAAGGCAGAAGAAAAAAUUAAAGAAGUUGGCGGAGCCUGUAUUCUGGUGGCGUGAUUAAAUAAAUUAUUCAUUACAA